AUGGACAGAUCUGACUAUGACUUGGAGUAUGACAGCUACCCAGAUGACCUCUACGGCAGAGUGUUUGACUACCAGCGUGUCCCAGCCUCCGUAAUGCCAGUCCCAGUGGAGCCCAGCCCUAUGAAACACUCCCGUGAUCCCUCUUUCUCCUCCGGCCUGCACCGCUCCAGAGACAGACCACAGGGCAAGAGGAGCACACAGCGCACUGGCUCUUCCAGGGCCAAGUUGAAGAUGGCAGAGCUGCUGGCCAUAAAGCGGGAGUUGACUCUGAUCAAGGUGCAGAUUGACGGACUGCUCGACAGCGUGGACAAGAUGGACAGACAGAGGAAGGACCACUCAGAUUCACCUCCUACCCAGGAGGGCAGUGUGUCGGACUCAGUGAGCAGUCUGGAAGAUUCUCCUGUCAGCCUCCCACACAGACAGAGCCCAGAGCCUGGAGAGGCCAGCGAUGAUGACCAACACUACCAGCGCCACUGCAGGAUAAAUAACCAUCAAUCUGAUCUGGAGGAUGACAUGUGAGGAGAUCAGACUCAAGGACCUCAGUGACAACAGCACACAGAGAUGGAGGGGGAUUGAAGUGAAAGGAGGCGUGUUCAUCUCUAAUCACAGUCAACAUGGACACAACCCUCAAAUAAAUAUACUGUUCAUUACAAAGUAGAGCUGGGGCGAUAAACCGGAAAUUAUCGACAACAACCAUACCGAUCACUUAUCGCAGGCAUUUUGCUGAUAUCGUUCAUUACGAUAAGUAGCCUAUACUAGAGAAAUGUGAAGUUUGAAAUUAAUUAAGUUUGCUAAAAUGGGUGAUAGUCAAUGGGACAAUUGAUGGCUACAACCAUCAAACUAGUAGUAGUAGUUUAAAGGAUAAUAAAAAAACUGUACAUCAAUGUUAAAAACGUAUCAUUCUAUUUAUCGUAAUUGCAUCAAUUCAUGCAAUUUUUCACGAUAUGGAUUUGGUCCAUAUCGCACAGCUGUAUUACAAAGUUGGAUCAUCAGUGAAUUGUUUUGUUUGAUGAAUAGGACAUAUCUCCCUGGUUACCCUCGGUUCCUUUAUCACAGUCAGAUUCUGCUCACCUUCGUGUCUCCAUCUCUCCUUUAAAACAGGUUCCUACUGAUUUAUGGGCUCAACCAAAUAUGGCAGCUUUUUAAAAAAGUGUAGUGGACUGACAACCAGUGGUGGUUCUAGCUUGUAUGGCUCCCUGGGUGAACCCCCCCCCCCCCCCCACACACACACACCCUUCAGCAAAUCCUAUAUCACACAAAUACACAAAUAGAAUAACACACUUAAAAAGAAGAGGACCGGAUUAUUACACUAUUGCACUUCAAACAAGAAACACACAAAUUAAAUUGCAAAACUAAUUGCAUUACUAAUUGCAUUAGUACUGUACAAAGUUAGAGGUGCGCUAUUUGAUAGAUUCCCCGCUCCUCCUACCUCGGGCUUCCAGUGGGGAGACCUGACGUCAACCUACCCCGCCCAUCUCGUACUUCCGAGUGGGAGACCUUCCCAGGCAGUAGCAUGCCUAGCUCACAAACUAGAAUCAGGGCGCCCACUCCGACAAGGUUAAUUGACCCACAGUCCCACACGGCGACAUUAUAUAAUUGACGUGACGAGCAAAUGAGCGAUAGAAAAUCGAUCGCGCAAAUGUCACCAUUCGGAAUUGUUUUUGUUUUUUUGUGUAAGAUGCCGCCAUGUCUUCUAUGCCUAAAUCCGCCACUGCGGAUAUGCUUCAGACAGACCGACAACUACAUUUUCUCUCAGAUUAGAGAUAAGGAUUUGCAAUGCUGUUUGCCAUUUACUGUAUCCAGUUCGCCACAUAAUUGGAAUGUGUAAUAAAUCAAUUCUUAUAAAAAGCCAUUCAAGAUUUACCAGGCAUAGGCCAACAGUAUCAGGCAUCUACAUUACCUGUGCGUUCUGUAAUCUUUCCAUAUGUGUCUCUACCAAUUUCCCAGUGUCCACAUUAAUAAAGACUGUCAGUGUGAUAA